AGUUUCCUUUCUGGUCAGAUAAUUUUUCCUCAAAGGAUGACAAUGAAGCUUUUACUCUCUGUGGCUUUAUCAGGUAAGGAAUUUUAUCUUUCCAUAUAUCUUUUGCACCACGGAAACGAAGCAGAUCGGUAUAUGUAACGGUCCUCAAUUUGCGCUUGGCGCUUGAUAUUACUUUGUAAACAAGCGCUGAUCAUGACCUUUCUUCCCUGAUAAGUCAUGAUUCGUGUUGAUUUACAUUUACUGCUGUAGAUAUACGAUAAUGCACGUUUCUAAAAUACGGUUCUGUAAGAAAAUGGUGAGAAAAAACCUUGCUUAUCCAAUUAAAAAUUCGUCCUAAGUGUGAACUGAAGCUCGAGAAUCUUAUAUUAACACUUAAAAAUCGUUUUAGCAGGGCCAUGUACUGAUUCCGUUCGAUGACAUUUUCCCUUGUAUUGUAGUCUGUGCCAUAGUUCUGGGUGAUUCUCAGUCCUGUUCGAACGAAGGCGCCAAAGUCUCAGACUAUUGCGGUGAUACAUGUUACUGCAUUGGUGGUCAAAUUCAAAACUGCUGCCGAGUGCGAAAGGAGUUUACUUCUAUGACGGAAGCCGAGCGGAUACUGUACGUCAACACCGUUUGGAAAGCUUCAACCGAUCUUCAAUUUCAAAAUGAGUACCAGAAACUUAUAUCCAUGCACCAAAGAUUGUUUCCAACAGGAAUUCAUCAAAAGGAUCAGUUUCUACCAUGGCAUCGUUGGUGAGUAACUAAUUUUACGAGCUGAGGGUUCUGGACUAAGGCAAGAUAAUUCACACCCGCGAUGCUUCCCCCCGCCAAGGAGGAUAAAGGGCUGUGAAGUAGAUCCAGAGGAAGUAAAACCGGGGAAAAGCAAUGGAAUCUGAGCCACUCUGUUUUGAUAUAUCAUCCUUCCCCCCCCCCCCCCCCCUUCCUUUUACCUUCCUCUUGUUUCAAACCAUACACAUUUACACAUUUAUUAAACAUCUUUAGAUUAUGUGCUGGACAGUUUCUUCAACCACUCCAAAUGUUCUCCUUCAAGUUAAACUCUACAUUUACAUGCAUAAUGUUUAACACGAUACGGUUUAUUUGAUUUUUCUUUCCAAGGUACAUUCUUCAAUAUGAAAACCUAUUGCGCCGAGUCGAUUGCCGAGUAACCGUGCCUUAUUGGGACUGGAGUAUUGUCUCCAUGACACCCUGGCACACAGACAAUACAAGAGUUUGGUAUAGCGGACCCUCUGGAUUGGGAGGCAAUGGCAUUACACCAUCCCGCUGUGUUCAAGAUGGAGUCUUCGGUCAAGACUCAUGGACGAAGACAAACGAGGGUUGCAUCACCAGAGAUUUCAAUGGUUAGUUGCCUUCGAUAUUAUGUCGUUUCCUCGCUCCUGUCUAACCUUGGCGUGAGGGGGGAGGGAAGGGUGCAGCUACACGUAAGCUAUGUGGGAGAAAGAGAGGUUCAUCUAAUAUUUUUAUCAUUUAACCCAGUACGCAAAAUUACUUCCUGUCAGAGCGUGUUAAGAAAUCAUUGCGCACCAUUUUUUUAAGUCGUUUCAAGGGGUCUCGUCAGAGGGUGUUAUUGUCGUCUGUUCAAAGAAUUAGAGCUUGAAAGUAGAGGAUGCAUUUUAGGCCACCUUAAGGCGUAAAACCGUGUCCGCUUCUAAUCUUCUGUCUUCUGCAGGUUUUACACCUGACAUCAUUGCUGUCUACUUGACUCUGCUUCAUCCUCCCACCGUUGAUGGCUUCAAAAUUUUCGAGAGGGAUCUUCGAAUUAACCUCCACGACACAGUUCACUGUAGGAUAGGCGGUGACAUGUGUCUUGUCACCUCAGCUGAAGCUCCCGAGUUUUUCCUUCAUCAUGGCUUUAUCGACAAGAUCUGGUCAGAUUGGCAAGAAAAAAGCAGAGAUCAUUUGACAGCCCACUUUCGUAAUAUAACGAACCCAAUGAUUGGAACAGGAUACCGACCUGGAGAUUUUCUCGACAACUCAAAUCUUCCCGAUGUUGAAAGGCCAGGGUGGCCAACCUGUGUUUUAUACGACGACCCAACAAAUCCUGUCUACCGACAGGUCAUGCAGCGUCUUCAAGGAAUGACACGCGAGCAAAUUCUUGAAAUCCCUCGGCACUCGUUUAAGCCUCUUACUGGUCGCCAAAUGAGGUUUUUCCAUAUCAGCCCACAGGAGCAAAACCAAGCCAGACAAGAUCUGCGAGAAUUGGAACCACGCCACCAGCUUAGGGGGGAGGCUGGACUUACCGGAAUGGACAGGAACAUCGGUUUCAAGAUGGAGUCUCUUUCUGCGACCUUUGGAAAGAAGCGCUCAGUUAUUAAAAAUAAGUAAAUUCUCUAUGCGUGGUGGAGGGUGGAGGGUGGAUGGCUCAGGAAAACUGUAGAAAACAUAUUUGACAAAUUUCUCGCAUUGUAUUAUGAUGCUUUCCACUAAAAAAAAGAAACACAAUGAUACAUUUUAAAAGCAAUUUUUCCGCUUAAUGGCCCAUGCACUUACAAUCAUCAUGGAAGCGUUGAUGUGCAUUUUAAAUUUGCUGCAGUCGUUGAGAGAAUGAAUAAAUCUAGACAGUCUAACGCUAAUUUCUGCUGGAGUUUCCUUCGUCACAAGAAUGAAAUCAGAGAAAAAGUUAUUGUUAACACUUGAAAGCAAAGGCUGGCAAUUAAAGAGUUCCAAAUAUUACUUCACAAGACGAAAUGUUUGGCAAUACUGAAACAUGUUGUAUUUGGAAGGAAAAAGUGUUCCAAAACCUCACAAUAAAAUUGGUCCGUAAUCAGCUAGUUAAAGCUUGGAGUGAGGCAUUGAAAUAAUUUUUUUCUUCACUGAGUUUUUUUCGACCUGUGCCGCGGACUUCGCCGAAAAGGAGGAACUGCUCGUAGUGGUAAUGCCGUUAUCGCCGAUUACACUUAAUAAAAUCCAGUAGUUUGGCGCUGAAAUGUUCAUACAGAUUUGAAUAGCUUAAGCUCUCUAAACUCAAUAUAAAAAGAACAGAAACCAACUUUGUUUUUUUAAGUUUCUCAUUAACACGUUGACCGAACGCUAAUCAAUAUGAUAUUAGAUACGUUUUGUUCACUUUUUUUGUCACAAGACAGAAUUAUUUGCCAGGAUUUAGCCCUUCACAGUUAAUAAAAUCCAUCAGUGCGUUCUAAAAUCUCUAUCUUAUUAUCUUUUCUUUUUUAAAUGGUUAAAAUCUAAGAUUUAUGAGGUUACUAAAAGAAACGGUCGGAGUUUGCUCAACAGGCUAGUUUGCAUAAUUCUGCUGUCACGCUAGCAAAAUCAUUAGACGUUUGAAGUCACUACGGCGAAGAAAAUUAAUAAGUGCAAGAUAUUUUUACAUUUCUAUGCUUUCGAACAUCUUAUAAGAAGUAAUCAACCGGAAUUUUCAAUGGUAUGGUCGGGACUUAGGGAAAUAUCGACCCACGAAAGAAAGAGUAUACUUUUGACCGAUUUCAGAAAGCUGUCUGACGGGUGUUUUAAAUAAAUUAUGACUAACCUCUGAAAAGACACGUAUCAGAAUUGAAACGCUUUCCAAACCCCUUGUAUAUCACAAAAUUUAGGAGUACAAACGAUUUCUUGCUGCAUGUAGUGUGUUACGAGGAGCGAGAUUGUCAACUUUUGAAAUUUUCGAUGUCUCGAGGUAAAAAAAGGGCCGUUUGCAGCUUUGUUUAUUUUGAGAGCUCUCAAGGAAAUUUUUUUAACGUAUUUCCAGAAACCAAAGUGUUUUCUUUUAUUUAUUACCAAAGAUAGUUUAAUGGGCAAAUUUGAGUCAAAACUUUUUUCCGACGCGAACCGCCCCGGACCGCUCUUACAGAGAUCGCCGCAAAAUUUAUACAAGCUUUUUUCUUUGCCUAGUAGAUGACUAGUCCGAUCAACUUUAGAGCAAAACUUAUUCAAAGUUGGAGCUUAACUUAAAAGAGGUGUAGAAAUAUUUACGCUAUAGUUUUUUAAUUGUAAAAUGAGUAAAAUUUAAUGCUUUCAAAUGCAUUCCACAAACUCUGCAUAACCCGCCGAUCAAUCAUUUUUCCCAUACCUUAUUACAACUGAGCAUGAAUAUGAAUGUUGGUGAAUGGGAUACUAUUGCAUGCGCUCUGCACAUUGUUAAAGUCAGCAGCGUUGAAAGUGUCGUCUGAGAAAAUUAGAUAAGAAAGACGAUAAAGUUACAUCUCGGUCUUGUGUGUUAUUUUUCUCGUCUCAAGCGUCGGGUAGAGGAAAAAAUCAAGUUAUGCCUCCCAUUAGAAAUUGAACCCCAACGAUGCGAAUGAGAAAGAUGGAACUCGGUGACAUUGCAAAAUGACAUCCAGUAGCUGAUAAAUGUCUUAUUCCUUUUCCCAGGUCUGAUGGAAAAUGACGUGAUGGUGUGAGGAGAAGUCAGCAUUGUUAUCAGGCUUAUGACCCGUGCGGCCCUGCGUGCAAUCCCAUGGAAAACCUUGAUGAAAGCCGACGUGUGUAGGGCCGGAUACAGAAGGAGCCGUCCAGCCCUGCGGCACUCACACGGCUUUGUUGCAAAACCAAAGGAAAAACGAAAGGAGUAGAAAUUAAAGUCACGUUUUUCGAUGAAUUGUGAGUUUUUUGCUCUGAUUCGGAGAAACAAAGAAAAGUUGGAGAAGUCCAGCUUGUGCACCAUUAGGCUGAAACAAAAUUGUCGAAAUUCUCAAUGCUUAGUGGUCAUAUGAUAAAAUGUUUAUUGAUUUAGUUUGGUCGAGCUAUUUUUUUUUUCCGCCGUCCGGCCCUCCCACUCGGUCAAUAAGUAUAUAUAUUAUUACCAGUUAUAAUGAGGAGCUUUUCCGUAUGUGUUUAGCGAGUUUUAACGUGACUCUGGCGCCGGCUAUAGCACCAGCUUGAAAUCUGGUGUUUUUUUAAUACUAGAAACUAGGAGUUCUCAAUUGAUCUAGAUUUCUUGGCAUCGGUUUGUUCACAAAAUCGGAUGUUUAAGAGAAGUUUAAGGAAUGAAGUUACAACAUUACAAAUUGGAAAAUUCAUAAAGAGGCUAAUAAAAAAAGACUUUUGGUUUUUCAGAGUUCAAGUUAUCAAAGCAAAAACCAAGAAAAAUUUGUCACAAAGAAAAACUGUUGUCAAAGCUAAUUAACAAAAUGACGGUUUUGACAAUUGAUUCAGAAAAACUAAUUUGUUUCGAAUCGCUUCUUAAUGACCUCCCCCACUUUUAUUCACCAAUUCCAAUACAGUAAUGCUCACUUAAGUUCCUCUAGCACAUUUUAUUUUAACCCUCCCGAAAAAAACCCACCUCUUAAAUUGUCGUUGUUUUUCCAAAACUACCUUGUUGUUGAAUUUUUACUCCACAUGUUUUGACAGCCAUUUCAAAAUAUAAAGUUAUUUUGAAUUUUCUGACCAAUUGAAAUUGGACACAAAUUUCCUUAAACAUUGAAGACAUCAAAAGAACUGGUUUUCGAACAAAACUUGCAGUUUGUAAGGGUUAGUAGUUUGAAUACGUCUGUCAUCCAUUACGAAACUACACUCCGUCUUCGGUGGGAGGUAAGAAAAAAAAAACAUUGGUGCUCCUCAUCGGCUGUCAAACUAAUUGCUUCUUUGUGACAUAUAAGACUAUGAUAGAAAAAUAACUGCAUUGAUGCUAAAAACCAUCAUGUAAUUUCUUUACCGAAUUUGUAAACAGGGGAUUAAGCUUCGAUUUUGAUAUAAGAGAAUGAACAAGCUUUAUAAUCUAAUACGGUACAUGGUCCCAAAAUUCAGGGAAUAAAUCAUGAAACUGAAAAUAGCCAUAAAUAAUUGUUUUAAAGAAUGGACUUUAACCGCAGCUGAACAAAUUAAAUGAGAAAUUACACAAAAGAAAGUCUGAAUGCUUAGUUGAACGAGCCAAUCACUGUGAUCUAGUUUAUCAUAAAGUUUGACUGCUUGAUUCACUGGUUUUGCUCCGUAUUUCCCGAGAUCUAAAAUUUAACUCUCCUUCUAAGGCUGUAUUCUUUUCUUUAAAAACGUGUUGAGAGAAUUUGGUGCUUCAUCAACGCCGCGACUACACUUAAAGUUAGUCCAUUUGCUAAAAUGUUUAACAGUCGUAACAGUCGAUCAACGGUUUUUAAAUAGAGGAUACGAGUGAACAGCCUCGUGGAAUCCUGAUUUUAUAUAUUGUGAGUUUGUACUAAAAGAGUACGAUACGGCAAUACAUUGGCUCUAACUGUAGACCAAGAAAGGCAAGGCGAAAGAACCGUAAAAGUUAGAAUUCAAAAUCCAAAACGUCAUUCGUUAUUUAUUCUUGUUUGUGGUUAGAACAACGAGGCGUUCAUAACUAAGUUUGUUUUUCAACAAAGGGUUGUCUUUUCAUCUUGGUUGUUUUGGCGGAGAAAUUACCACCAUUAGCGAGUGCUUCUUGUCUAUAUGCAAGUUUUAUUUCCAAAAGAUAAACAAAGUGCGAAGAAAGACUUUCUUGAUAUGAUAAAACCACCUGCUAACCUGAUUUAUACUGUGAGCGAUGUAGUAUAAAAAGGAGACAUUUUCGCUACGCGCUCGUUCGAUUCUGAAAUCACGAGUAUUAUUUCAGGCAAAAGCGCACUCCCUCCACUUAGUUCAAUCACCAUUAUAAACUAGACCCUGUAGGUUUACUGACAUUUUUCUGUCAUAGAGUGUUUCUGUGAUUCUUUUAUUCUCUAGUUUUAAUCCUUCACCAACCAUGAGAGGAAGAUUUUUAAUGUUUACUUUCUUGGUGGUUGCCUUCUACCUUUCAGGUAAUAACUCUCAUAUUUCAAAGUCUACCUUACUUUAACAGCCCUUUUAUCGUUUAUUCUACCCGAUUUAAGUCGCAGCCAUGAACACACGACUUCCACUUGCUUAAAAAUUCUAGAAGAGCGACAAUUUUUUGAAGCUAGUGAUAUGCCUAGAGUCUGAAAACGGCCAUACAGUUUUUCCGACAAAAAUACUUUUACAUUACACGUAGGUAACGUAGGUCGUACACUUUAUAAUUUUAUUAGCUUUUGAAGUAGGAGCUUCUUGUAUAUGGCCGGUUCCCCGAUAUGUUUUUUAAAACCUUUCAUCUUCAAUGCUGCUGCAACUAGAAGUUCUCUGUACUCUUACAUAACAUUGCCUUAGUCAUUGCAAGACCUCACAUUUUUUUUUAGCGCUGAAACCGUUGUCUUUCUUGCCCUUAUAUUAGGGGAUUGUCAGUAACAGCUUGAGUAUCAGCUUGUUCAAAAUUAUUUCCUUUUUCAGUGGCGUCAUCUCAAGGCCGCCAUGACUAUUCGUGCAGCACCUAUCAAGAAGGUCAAGCAGUCGACGGUCCGUGUGGGCAGCGGUGCAUUUGUGUGAACGAGAGGCUGCGAUACUGUUGUCGACAAAGAAAAGAUUUCCCCUCAAUGACUCGAGAAGAAAGAAUUCGCUAUGUAAACACAGUCAUCAAAGCCUCGACUCAUAGAAGAUACAGAAGACAAUACAACCGAAUUAUCGCCAUGCAUGCGAGACUGUUUGAUUCCGGAAUUCACUCUAAACAGCAGUUUUUACCAUGGCACCGUUGGUAGGUCAUAUGACUUUCUUUCCCUUAAAUUUAUUCCCGCACAUAUUAUCUAGGCAAUAAGGUCAUUCUCUGAGGUCAAGUAACCAAUUCUAGAGUGGUUGCCCCCGUCACAUCUCCGUUUUCCAUCCUUUAUCCUUUAUCAAUUUACCUCUACUCUCCAUUUCCGUGGAUACAUUAUCCGCCGUCCAUCCUUCCUUCUCAAUAUGCAAUAACUUCAUAUUAUAUUUCCUUUAUCAGGUUUCUUCUUCGCUACGAGAAUUUUCUACGCAAGGUGGAUUGCCGAGUGACUCUUCCUUACUGGGACUGGAGUUUGUUCGCUAAAGGUGUUUGGCGAACAGGCAUAGACGACAUCUGGUCCAACAAGCCUUGGGGACUGGGAGGAAAUGGUCGGAAGAAAAAAUCUCACAGAGCUGGAUGCGUUAAAACCGGGCGUUUCAGUCAACGUAAAUGGCGGUUGACACCCUCGGCUAAAAGAGGAUGCCUAAGGAGAAAGUUCUCAGGUACAGUUUACAUAAUGACUGCAAUCCCUUUCGAUUGGCUCCUGUCUUCUUUUCGCCGAGCACUCAACUACUAAUCAUCUAAGCCUGAAGCCCAAACUUUAAACAAAAUCUUGCUCGUUCGUUCAAACCAUGUUCUUCAAAGACUAAAGGUAGACUUAAGGUGACCCUGAAAACCAGAUCUUACGUAGAGUUUCCAGUUGACAGUUCAAAAUCGCGAAAGCUUCGCCCGGUUUCAAGUUUUUUCCUGAUAGUAGAGAUAGGGUGGUAUGUCUAAAACUCCAUAACAGGUAUUUAUUUCUUAAUUUUUUUACCUGACAGCUCCAGCCCCAGAUAUUAUUGCCCUUCAUUUGACAAAAGCACAUCGUCCACGUGAGUUCACUGAGUUUGAGCUUAACGUACGUGCUAACCUCCAUGAUGCCUUCCACUGCGAAAUUGGAGGAACAAUGUGCGCUCAUAACUCUGCAAACGCACCGGAGUUCUUCUUACAUCACGCAUUCAUCGACAAGAUUUGGGCGGACUGGCAGGCAAAGAGUAAUGAUCACAUGGAGACUUACUUUACAACUGUUCCCAGAUACGUCCGAAUGGAGGGGAACGAUUUCCACCCGAGCGAUUACAUAGAUACGUUUAACCUGCCCCACCCUAAUGUAGACAGAACUGAUGACUACAUUUGUGUUAUGUAUCAAGAUGCAGCUCAUCCGCUUUACAAAGAGAUUACUCAGCGCCUCGAGAAGCUCAGCACACGUGAAGUAAGGACAAUUCCCCGACUGUACUUCAAACCGGCAACCACAAGACAGCUACGACGUCUUGGAGUGAAGAGGAAAGAACGGAGACACGCGAGAAAGCUUCUUAAUAAGGAACUUGAACCUAGGAAAAGAAUCCGCAAGAGUCAGUUACGCAAAGAGUACGAUAAGCUUCUAGGUUUUAAACUUGACGACAUUCCUUUCCGAUAUACAUCCAGGGAUUUGCCAACGAGAAACACAAGUCUCACAUAUGAUCGCUGGCUAGCUAGAUCUCUAAACGCAGCUGAAAUGUCAUCCGAAGGUCUUGAGUUCUUCCGGCGUGCAAACAUUUCCAAUGCCAUGGUGUAA